UUUUUUCUUGAAUUUUUUUAACCCGCCACCCACCGCCAAAGCGGGUUGGGCGUAAAGUGGCUGUACGUGGGGAGCGGGGGGGGGGCAGAAGGAGAAAAAAGAGGAAAAAAAAAGAAAAAAAAAGAAAGAAAGAGAAAAAAAAAGCAGCGAGCGAAACAGAGAGAAGCGAACGGCGACGAAGCGGCGACCUGCCGAUCUCCUCUCCGUCUCUCUCUCCGUGGCGGGGGCUGAGCAUGGAAGAGCCGCCGGAGGGGCACGGCCACCACCGGGACGCGGCGCCGCCGGGGCCGGCGAACGGCGGAGGCGGCGGUGGAGGCGGCAGCGACGGCGACAGCGCUCCGGUGUCCCCCAGCCCCGCGCCCGCCUCCCCCGCCGCGCCCUGCCCCCUGCCCCUGCCCCGCCGCCGCCCCCCGCCGCCGCCGCCGCCCCGCACCACCAACUUCUUCAUCGACAACAUCCUCCGGCCGGACUUCGGCUGCAAGAAAGAGCCGCCCGCCGCCACCGGAGCCGCGACGGGAGGAGGAGGAGGAGGAGGCGGCCGGGAACAGCGGGACGGAGCGCAGAGCGCAGGUAGAGAGAACGUCAACCCGCUGCUGGCCCGGCCGCCCCACGCGCCUUCCUCCGCCCUCCUCUGCCCGGACUCGAACUGCGCUCCCGACGGCUCCGCGCCCGCCGGCACCGCCGCCAAAGCGAAUCCCGGAGCGGCCGCGGGUGCCGCGGGGGCUGCGGGGGCGGCCAAGGCGCAGGGAGACGGCGGCGAGACUCCGGCGGCCAAGUACGGGGAGCACGGCAGCCCCGCCAUCCUCCUCAUGGGCUCCAAUAAUGGAGGAGCCGUGCUCAAGCCCGACUCGCAACAGCCGUUGGUGUGGCCCGCCUGGGUGUACUGCACGCGGUACUCCGACCGGCCGUCCUCGGGACCCCGCACCAGGAAGCUGAAGAAGAAGAAGACGGAGAAGGAGGACAAACGGCCGCGCACCGCCUUCACGGCCGAGCAGCUGCAGCGGCUGAAGGCGGAGUUCCAGGCGAACCGCUACAUCACGGAGCAGCGCAGGCAGAGCCUUGCCCAGGAGCUGAGCCUCAACGAGUCCCAGAUCAAGAUCUGGUUCCAGAACAAGCGGGCCAAGAUCAAGAAGGCGACGGGCAUCAAGAACGGGCUGGCGCUACACCUCAUGGCCCAGGGACUGUACAACCACUCGACCACCACCGUGCAGGACAAAGAGGAGAGCGAGUGACGGCCCCGCGCCGACAGGUGCCACGAACACAGAGCUAUUGUUUAUCCAUAGUAUAAGGACUGCGAACGAGAGAAAAUAAUAAUAAUAAUAAUAAUAUGAACGCUUACAAAAAACAAAACAAAACAAAACAAAAAAAGAAAAAAAAAAGGAAAAAAAAAAAAAAAAAAAAGGAAAAAAAAAUCUCUAUAUAGCCAAACAUAUGACCUUGUAUAUAUUUAAUUUCAGGUAAGAAAUAUGUGUAGCGAUCUCUAUUUGCUGGACGGUUCCUCUCUCCCCUUCUCUCUCCCUCUCUCUUUUGUUCGUUUCUUGCUUUCCUUUCCUCCCCACGUCCGUCGCUCUUCGUUUUCGGUGUCCGCCUCCGCUCUUCCGUUCGAUCCUUAUUUGUGUGUGUGUGUGAAUUUCUGUCUCUCUCUUUAUUUUUAUCCUUAUUUUUAUUUUUCCCGAGGAAAAAAAAAAAAAAAAAAAAAAAGAAACAAACAAAACCAACGCAUUAAUAAAUCUGAUCCACAGACCGCGAGGCUGAACGGCCGCUCCAAGCCAAAGAUUUUAUUAUGUUCAGAAAUCUGUAGUCUGAAAUAAAGUGUAGGCUGUGCUCAG